AUGCGGAAAGGGAAAAUCGCGAUAAAGAGGAUUGACAAUACGACGAGUAGACAAGUAACAUUCUCGAAAAGGAGAAACGGGUUGCUGAAGAAGGCGAAGGAGCUCUCGAUACUAUGUGAUGCAGAUGUAGGAGUCAUGAUCUUCUCUAGCUCUGGGAAGGUUUAUGAUUUUUCCAGCACCAGCAUGAAUGCAAUAAUUGAAAGGUACAUUCAAGUGAAGGAGGAAGACAAGCAAAUGACAAAUCCAACUUCUGAGGUUAAGUUAUGGCAAAGGGAGGUUACAAUGCUAAGGCAGGAACUUCAGGUUUUGCAACAUAGACACAGACAAAUAAUGGGUGAAGAGCUUUAUGGGCUUAGUGUAAGAGAGUUACAAGAUCUAGAAAACCAUCUUGAAGUAAGUCUUCAAGGCAUUCGCAUGAAAAAGGACCAAUUGUUUAUGGAUGAAAUUCAAGCACUAAGAAGAAAGGGAGAGCUCAUGCAUGAAGAAAAUUUGCAACUCCAAAAGAAGGAAAACCUUAUUCAUCAAGAGAAUAUGGAACUCUAUCAGAAGAUUUAUGGUACAAGGGAUGAAAAUGAUGGAGCAAACCGAAAUUUUAUGCUUCUUGAUGAGCACUCAACCACGCCCACCAAUCUUCAGCUUUGUCAGCCCCAACCACAACACUUUGAUGCGACAUCAUCGACUACAAAUUUAAGGUUACUUCCAGAAAAGAAAUCUAACCGCUCCCCAGAAAUCACGAUUACUAAUUGGGCAGGGCCUCAACCAAAAGACUUUAUUUAA